AUGGUCCUUCCGGUUCCGCGGAAGAAGGAUGAGUACAAGAUACUGCAGAAAAUAGGCGAGGGCUCCUUUUCCGAGGUGUUGAAAUGUCAGAAUCGAGAAAGCGGCGUCCUGUACGCGGCAAAGCGACUGAAAAGGACUUAUCAAAAUGUGAACGAAAUCUCGGAGAGCCCGGAAGUGAUCGCCAUGAGGAAAAUCACUCGCCACCCGAAUAUCUUGUACAUGAUCGAGACGCACUACGAUCCGCUGUCGGGCAAGGUAACGCUAAUUUUCGAAUUAAUGGAUAUGAGCCUCUAUGACUUGAUGAAGGCAAGGAAAGGGAGGACGCUGAAAGAGCACACGGUUAAAGUCUACCUGUACCAGUUGCUCAAGGGUUUGGAGCACUUGCACAACCAUGGGAUAUUCCAUCGGGACGUUAAGCCGGAGAAUAUACUAUUGAGGGGAGACGUCGUUAAGCUGGCGGAUCUCGGCUCGAUACGAGGGAUUUACAGCAGACCGCCGUACACCGAGUACAUCUCGACGAGGUGGUACCGAUCGCCGGAAUGUCUUUUAACAACUGGCUUUUACGGCCCGAAAAUGGAUGUCUGGGCUGCCGGUUGCGUUUUUUAUGAAUUACUAACCUUGAAACCUCUCUUCCCGGGAACUAACGAAGUGGACCAGAUCACGAAAAUUCACACCAUCCUGGGAACCCCGCAUGCCAGAUUGGUCGCCAAAUUUCGCAGGCAGAGCAAGUCUAGGAACUGCGAGUACUUUUUCCCUACGAGAGGAGGUUCCGGAGUGGAUAAUUUGCUCCCCCAGGUCACGGACGCUGGUAAAGACAUUUUAAAGCUCAUGUUAAUAUACGACCCUGAAAACAGGAGCAACGUGAAGAGAAUUUUGGAGCAUCGUUAUUUCAACGAUCUCAGGUACGCGUGGCCGUGA